GUUCAUUGAAGAUGGUGGCGGUGUGUCACACUCACUGUCCAGCAUACUUGUAAGAAUUUAUUCAUUUCUGUACACAUUUCCGACAGCGGCUACGCCUGACUUCAGUCUUCAGUGAGAUCUCUUAGAGUGACCUGGUCCUCGGACCUGUUAACUCUGCGGACAUGCAGCCCCCUCCCCGGACUGGACGACCAGGAGCCUCUGGCCCUCCUCCUUCUGGGCCCAAUAUGUUCCGCAGGACCAGGCCUUACAAGCAUGCUGCUGCAGCUCCUGCCACAAUGCCUCCUGUUGCUCAACCCAUGACAGACCCUUUUGCUUUUAGUAGAGCUCCUCCCCCUAUGGCUGCAGGUGGCCUCCCAACAGUAUCUAACAGCAACCCUGCACCAGUGCAAACACCGUCUAAUGCCAUGUACCAUCAACCUGGCUCAGGGCUGCCUCCGCAACCACAGACACUGGAGGGUGCCACAGCUGCUGCUUCUGGAGUGACCCUCUUCAACCCUCACAGUACACCACCCCUUGGUCCAACUGGAUACGUAUCCUCACAUAAUGAACAGGGUUAUUUUAAUUCAAGAGAACAGAUACCAUCCGCAUCCACAGAGUCAGCACCUAUGGCUACAGCCUCAGAACCUAGUCAGACACCUUUGAACCCUGAAUUUCAAGGACAGUCUGGUCCUCUGCCAGUGCCCUUCCAGCCACUGCCACCGGUCACCACCACCUCUUCCCAGUGGGCCCCUGAUCACGGAAGUCGCCCCCCAUCAGUUCAGAACUAUUUCCAGCCUACUAGUGACCCUGUACCACAGCCAUUUAAUAUGCCUCCACAAACCCAGAUGUACCCCUCCCACAGCCCAUCACCCCUUCACAACACCCCUACCCCUCCGACCCAACCUGCACAUCUUCAGAAUCAGGCUUCUCUUCCUUCUCAAAAUCCACUAAAACCUCUUACUUCUCAGUGGCCAGACCCAAAUGGUCCCCAACAGCAUAAUUCCCAUUUCCAAACACAGAGUUACUUCAGUCAGAGCUCUGCUGCACCAGAUCUUUGGUUUAACCAGCCCCCACAGGACUCAGGCUACCAUCAAAUGGGUACUGGUAUGGGUCAUCCUCAGCCCCUUCUUGACGCUGCUGGAUCUCAGCCUGGGCCUGGGCCUGGGCCUAGUUCUAGUACUGUCCCAGCCCCACUUCCACAUUACCAGGAAUCCGGUACACUUUCAAUGUUCUUCAAAGACAAUGAUGUGGAAAAUGAGGAAACUCUGUCUGCAGAGAGAAAUAAGGCAGUAAAUGGUAUUGCUGGAACUUUUCAACUUCACAGCAACCAGCAGGCACACAGUAGUCAUGCAGAUGUUUCUUCAGAUUACCAAGGAGCUUUUCUUCAAGAUCACUCACAAGUACCUUACAUGAUUGAUGGCAAUCAACCAUCACAGGGAAAUGCUCAGAAGCCAUCUGAUUCACAGUUUGACCAUGUAGAGAAUUUGGAGUGUGUUCCAAACCAAGAAGUAUUACCCAGUGAAAUCCAUAGUAGUCCUGCUGCUACUGCACCCCACAGUGCUGAGCAGUUUGAAACUGGACCCAACCUGGAGACUCCAGAUUCAAUUCCCAGACCAAUGAGAUCUGCCAGUGUGUCGUCCAACUACAGCAACAUAAGCCAUGGGAGUGGAACAGGCACUCGGCGACACCAGGGGGUGGUGGGCACCUUUAUUCAACAGGAAAGUUCACGACUCUCUGAUGAUCCUAAUCAGCCUGUUGUUGCUGCUGCUGCAACUGGAGGCUACUUUGAACAGAUUGACACUUCUCCAGCUGGAGAUGUGGGUGUACAGCAGAGCUCUCUGGAGCAGAUGUGGCCCCCCACGCCUAGCCCUCCCAAACCAACCGGUAUCUUUCAGGCCAGUGCUAACAGCUCUUUCGAACCUGUGCGCUCACAUGGGGUCGGGGUGCGUCCUGCUGAGAUUGACAGGGCUAAAAUGGUAGCAGAAAGGGGUGCAGAUUGUACACCAGGUAAUAUGGAGCAGCCACCAGACAAUAUGGAAAAUGUUUAUGGCUCAGGGCACCCUCUGCCUGCAGGUGCUGGAGGUGGCGUACCUCCUUUGACACACCCAGUGGUCUAUUCUCACUCUCGACCUUCAUCCCGUGCUCAUGGAGUUAAUCAGCCCUGUGAGAGUCCUGCCACUACUCUGUGGGCUCAGAAUGAUCCUACGACCUUGGGCGGUAACAUCCUCCUCGCCCCUGCUGCCCCAGUAGUUCUUGCCCCAUUACGAGAGCCAAGUGCUGAUGUUAUCCAACCUCCAGAGGAUGGUCCAUUGGACCUGCAGCCCUCCCAAAGAACCCAGCCACCUUCGCAUCAGCACUCAGAGAAUCUAGAGAACCCGCCAAAGGUGAGUGAGGCAGAGCCAAGUGACUCUCAAGGCAACCUGGGCUAUGCAUCUCUCCUUGUGUCUGGCUCGCUUCACCAACCUGUUUUCAUUGCCCCGCCAGUGUCCAAUUACAGUGUGAUUCCCCCUAGUACCACUCCUCAAGCAGCCACUCAAAGUAGCCUUAGGGAAACUACCCCACCUGUGAGAUUGAUUGCACAGGGGCAGGGUCCCACUACCUCCCAACCAGCUUCAGUAACAUGUAAUCAAAAUCCACUUUUUUCUCCUGGAAUCCUGAGUUUCAAUGUUUCGGCUUCUAAUCAGAGUCCGCUCAAUCUGACUCGAGACAACACAGCAGCUACGACAUCAGAAAUCACAGCAUCGCCGCAUCCCCAGCCUGUCCGCCCUCCUCUUUCAAGGGGCCAAUCAGUGGCUGGAGAGAGUAACUCUGCUCUCCAAGUUAAUCUGCAAGCUUCUCUUGUGAAUGAUCCUUCCUCUAAUCAUAAUCAGCCAUCAAAUUAUGAACUGCUUGAUUUUUCUAUGCACCAAUCACAAGCCCAGAGCCAGGCUUCUGGACACCCUUCCUCUCUUCACGAGUCUCCACAAUCUAGUAAUGGAUUUUACCUACAGGUCACCAAAGAUGCUCUAAAAGUGGAAGGGAAUGCCUCAGUCCAGACUCCAACUUCUUCAUCUACCACACAGGUACCACCAGCACCCUCUCAAACAGCUCCAAACACCCAGCAGCCCCCAGCAGAACCUCCUAAGGUAUUAGAUUCUCAGGCUGCACAGCACGGACAAAAAGAUGCUCCUCCUGUUACAGCAAGUGGAGCACAACCCCCCAGUUACCAGUAUCCUGCUCCAAUACAGGGGCCAUCUGCAGGAAAUGCUCCUCCUCCUGGGCCUCAAGGUCCUCCAGGGGCUCCACAGACAACUCCUGCGGAGCCACCUCGCCCACCGUCCUCUGCAGGAAGCCAUCAAGGCUAUGGGCCUCCACCAGCACCGGGGCAGAUGUAUAGUGGCUAUUAUAAUAAUUAUGGAGACUACCCAGAUAACAGAGCACCAUAUCCUUCUGGCCAGUACCCACCUCCAUCUGGGGAUCCUAGAGCACAGCCAUAUUAUCAAGCGGGGCCAUACAGGAACAGAGUAGAUCCUUGGUAUGGCAGAUAUGAGGGGCAGACCCAAAGUUAUCGUGAUACAAACUACCAGUACAGAGAGCCUCAGCCAGAGCGUCCUAACUCUAGAGCCAGCCAGUACUCUGACAGGCCAUCAUCCAGGCAAGGCUAUCACGAGGAUUACCACAGAGCAAACCAAAGUGCCUAUAGUGAUUAUUAUGCAAAUUAUGCCAAGUACUUUGGAGGAUACUAUGGACACUAUGACCCCAGAUAUAGAGGAUACUAUGACCAGUCCUACUGGGCUUAUGAUGAUAGCAGAAGGGGAGACAGCUACAGCAAUCAAUCUAUGUAUCCUACCAGGAAGACUGGCUAUGAGGACCAGUGGCAGUACUAUCCUGGUUACGAUGCUAGCUUUGAUGAGGACUACCGUCGUCAGGGAGAUGCUUAUGGUGAUGACUUUGACCGGCGCAGUGUCCACAGUGAACAGUCAGUCCACAGCUCCCACAGUCACCACAGCAGACGGAGUAGCUUCAGCUCACGAUCGCAACAGAGCCAAGUGUACAGGAGCCAGCCUGACUUGGUGUCAGCAGCAUAUGAUAACACAUCAUCCACUCUGGCUGUGGAUUACUCCUAUGGGCAGUACCCAGAUCAGACUGAUGCAUCUCACAACUAUAGCCAGUACUAUCCCACUGGGUAUACCACCGAAAGCACCUGGAACGCCCCUGAGCAGCCCCCUCCUCGUCCUGCAACCCCAGAAAAGUUCACCAUACCACACCGCUGUGCUCGUUUUGGACCUGGUGGACAUCUUGUUCAGGUUCUGCCAAAUCUGCCCUCAGCAGGACAGCCUGCUCUAGUUGAUAUCCACAACCUUGAGACCAUGCUGCAGGAUACCACUGAUCAGGCAGAACUGCGAGGUUUCCCUGGACCUCUUGUCAAGGAAGAGACUCACAAGGUGGACGUGAUUAAAUUCUCCCAGAACAAAGCAUUGGAGUGUUCCCGUGAUAACAACCUCUUAGACAGAGACUCUGCCCGCCUCCUCUGGGACUUCAUCAUGCUGCUAUGUAGACAGAAUGGGACUGUUGUGGGCACAGAUAUUGCUGACCUCUUGCUGAAGGAGCAUCGCUCUGUCUGGCUUCCCGGCAAGAGUCCUAAUGAAGCCAACUUGAUUGAUUUUAAUAACGAGCCACUGGCGAGAGCCGAGGAAGAGCCUGGAGCCGGACCACUGUCUCUACUGUCGGACACUUUCAUGACUGUCCCAGAAAAUUUCGGCAAAGAAACAGAACGCUUCAGGGAGCUGCUGCUGUUUGGCCGAAAGAAGGAUGCACUAGAAGCAGCCAUGAAGGGAGGUCUCUGGGGCCAUGCCCUGCUAUUGGCCAGUAAGAUGGACAACAGGACUCAUGCCCGAGUCAUGACGAGGUUUGCUAACAGUUUGCCCAUAAAUGACCCUCUUCAGACAGUAUACCAGCUGAUGUCGGGGAGGAUGCCUGCGUCAGCCACCUGCUGCGGGGAGGAGAAGUGGGGGGACUGGCGUCCUCAUUUGGCCAUGGUGCUGUCAAACCUCACACACACCCUGGAUUUGGAUACUCGCACAAUUACCACCAUGGGCGACACACUUGCUUCGAAGGGCCUGGUUGAUGCAGCACACUUCUGCUAUUUGAUGGCUCAAGUUGGUCUUGGCGUUUUCACAAAGAAGAGCACCAAGAUGGUCCUGAUUGGCUCCAACCACAGUUUGCCCUUUUCUCAAUUUGCGACUAAUGAAGCAAUCCAAAGGACUGAAGCCUAUGAGUAUGCUCAGUCUCUAGGCUCCCAACCUUGUUCGCUGCCAAAUUUCCAAGUGUUUAAAUUGAUCUAUGCAUGCCGCUUGGCUGAGGCAGGCUUGAGCGCUCAGGCCUUCCAUUAUUGCGAAGUUAUCUCGAAGACCGUCCUUGUGCAGCCUUCUUACUACUCCCCCGUUUUCAUCAGUCAGAUCAUACAGAUGUCUGAAAAGCUGCGGUUCUUCGAUCCACAACUGAAGGAGAAACCAGAGCAGGAGUUGUUCAUUGAGCCGGAAUGGUUGAUUCGCCUGAGACAGCUGGAUGGACAGAUCAAAACUGGUCUGAUUACGUACAAUGCAGACAGAACAACUCCGACACAGUUUGAGUGCAGCAGCCCUAGCUCUGACUUGGACCAUCCGAGCCCACCAAACAGCAUGUCGCUAGAUAACCCAGCCCCUGAUAACCCACUCAUGAGCUCAUUACUGCCUGGGUCUCCACCACAGGGAGUCCAGUUAAUGCCUCCAGCUUCCACUUUCAUUCUCCAAGAUGGAAUGGCUCCUCCUCAGUUCUCGCCUUCCAGUGAUGUGCCCCAGUACUAUCCGGUCCCCACUAGCGGACCACAAGCCCAGAUUCCCUUCCCAAACUACCCCCCACAGGAUCCUGGCUUUGCUUCUCCCACUUUCCAACCUCAACCUGAGCAGUCAGAUCUGUAUCCAGGAGCCCACCAGCAGCAAUGUCCCCCUCAUCAAGUGACCCAAAUGUCACCACACAUGCACCCUCAGAUGCCCCAUUCACCUAUACAUCCACCAGCCCAGAUGGCUCAGCACAUGCCUCCGCACAUGCCCCCGCACAUGCCCCCUUCUCCUGGGCACAUGCCACCUGUAGAACAGCCACCGCGGUCCCCAGUAGAAAUGCCGAACAUCCAAUCAAUGCCAUCCUCACCACGUAGGACCUCACUGACUCCUCAGAAGGACUUCUAUGAUCAGAUGGCUAAGAUGGGUCACGGGAGACCUCGGACUACUUCACAAUCGUCAUUGCAUUUGUCAUCAGGACGCCGCUCCCGUACCACCUCGGAGUCUUCUACUCACUCUGGUGGAAGAGAGCGGAGCAACUCAACUGUGGUGCAAGCCUCUCCACCUCCACCCUCAAUCCCCGAGCAGCCCAUUAAAGAAGAGGCCAAGAAAGUCAAGAAGGACUCUCCAAAAAAGAAAGGGGUUGGCUGGCUGGGUUGGAUCAUUGGGAAAGGAAAGAAUGAAGCUCACUUGCCGGAUGACAAAAAUAAGUCUAUUGUGUGGGAUGAAAAGAAGCAGAGAUGGGUCGACUUGAACGAGCCUGAGGAGGAGAGCAAGCCACCUCCGCCGCCACCCUCUGUCUUCCCCAAGAUGCCUCAAGUUCCUGGUCCUGGAGGGCCUGCUGCACCGCCGAGUAGUAUUCCUCCUGUCAACAUGUUUUCCAGGAAGGCAGGCACGAAGAGUAGAUACGUGGAUGUUUUGAACCCCAGCAGAGCUGCUAAACCUGGCGGUCCAGCUCCUGCUCCAGCGGACAUCUUUGCUCCUUUGGCGCCAAUGCCUAUUCCUACAAACCUGUUUGUGCCUAGCUCAGCUCCCGAUGAUCAACAACCUCUGGAAGGCAGUGAAGGAGGCAAUCAGGAGCAGAACUCUCCAAACACCAGUGCUGGUCCACAGAUGUUCACCCCAAUGUUGUUACCACCUGCCCCAGAAGGCCCUCCAGUGCCUGAUGGCUCCCAUUCUGGAGAGCUGUCACGUUCUAGUUCAAUGAGUUCUUUAUCACGCGAAGUGAGUCAGCAUUUAAACCAGAGCGAUCAAGCCCAGGGGACUGCACCCGCUGGGGGCGUCACCUUUUAUAACCCCUCACAGUUUGCACAGACAAGUGCACCAUCAGGAGUACGCUCAGGUCGUUUGGGCGGUCCGCGUCAGUACCCAGUGAUGAAGUAAAGAACAUCCCACUGAAAGAGCCAGACUUGUUGGAUAGCAGAGGAUUCUAGCUGAAAGUAAAAGAAGCACAUGAACAAACUGC